CCGGUCUUUGACAAAGGAACAUUCGAGCCAUCUCGCUAUCUUAGCUCCAGAAGACGGUGUUUAUCGUGGCCACAACCGCUUCAUUUACCAGGAUCAAGCUCUGGAAAAGUUAGGCUCUGGUUAUGAUCCCUCGCUGUCAAUAAAAUCUCCUGAGAGACGAGCUGUAGAGUGCUCAUCACCGCCACUGAGGCAGCAACAACCUUAACGCGUUAGCUGUUCAUUGCAAAAGCCAUUGAAGGAGGAGAGGACUCCCCUCCAUGAUACCCACUCCGGCGAUGAAACUUGAAAUAAAAAUCGCGUGCCUUCAAUUUGCACCUGAAGUUGGAAAAGUCAACGAGAACAUUGCGCGCGCAGAACGAAUACUUGAGAAGAAUGCAGCAAAGCUUCGUCCACCAGAUGAUGGGAAACCGCUAUGGCUUGUACUCCCCGAGAUGGCUUUUUCUGGAUAUAAUUUCAAGUCGCUGGAGGAGAUAACACCAUAUCUUGAACCGAGCUGUGCUGGUCCAUCAACGCAAUGGGCGAAAUCUACGGCAUGCAAGUACGGAAUAUAUAUAACGGUAGGCUAUCCCGAGACUGUCUCACAAACUGCGGAGCGACGACAAGACGACAUCUCAGAGGAUUCUAAGCAACAUGAUGCACCACAAGCAAACUACAACUCCACUGUCACGGUUUCGCCGGCUGGUGAGAUCAUAGCCACCUACCGGAAACGCUUCCUCUACUACACAGACGAAACAUGGGCACUCGAAGGCGACGGCUGCACCUCCAGUUACGGCUUUUACAACGGCAACCUCGGGCCUCUUGGGGAUGUCGCAAUGGGCAUUUGCAUGGACAUCAACAACUACAAAUUUCUCAGCCCUUGGACGGCCUAUGAAUUCGCCAAUCACGUUAUCUCGUCCAACACGCCACUUGUUGUUCUGAGUAUGGCUUGGUUGACGAGAAUGACAAAAGAGGAACUGGAAGUCGACAAGGAGAAGCCAGACCUUGAGACUUUGUCGUAUUGGAUCGAGCGAUUCAGUCCUCUGAGGGAGAACACGGAGGGAAGGCAGACAGUCAUCGUUGUUGCCAACAGAUGUGGCAUCGAGGAAGACGCUUGCUAUGCUGGCACGAGCAGUGUGAUACGAUUGGACGGCAGAGGCGCUGUUGAGAUAUUUGACCUGUGCGGAAAGAAUGAGGAGAGGCUAAUGGUAGUCGAUCUGUCGACGAAGCCGAAGUAUUUCCUGCAAAGGGGCGCAGCUUAAAUAUUGACCCCUUUCCCUUACGCUCGGUCGAUUCUUUAACCUAUGGCAACCGUGGGUGUAGCGAAAAUGGGACUAGUUCACGUUUAAGGACAGAUAGAAUCUUAGCAAUACCUACGGCACUGCCUUUAAGAAGUCCACUCGUUAUUGUGAAAGUAUGAAAGAAGACAAGUAUCGAGAAGCACUUGCACGCAAGCAAAGGAAAAUUUUGAAUGUGGCCG